AUGACCGGCUACGGACACGAUAUCUUUCCAUUUGAGACUCCUUCUCUCCCUCAGCUUCUACAAUCCCCAAGGGCCUUUCCAACCCAUGAAGUCGCGAAGAAGUUGAGCAAUAUACGCAAUCCAACUGAUUGCUUUGAAGGUCUGCCCCUUGAGAUUCGAGAAGCGAUCGCGGCACUUCUGUCGACCCAAGACUUCUUGCAACUGCGUUACGCAUCGCGAGCAAUGGGGAGGCUCUUUUCCAGUUUCCACUUCUGGAAAUCACGGUUCCAGCUGAACAGGGAACGAGGGUUCUUGAACUAUCUCGUAGAAAAGUGCACCACAAGUCCAUCAGAUCAGCAACUCGAUUGGCGGUUCAUCUACCACAACACAUGUAAGAUGCGGUGCGGCCGGUCGUUUGAAGUGACCAUCGCAGUGUGGGAAAUCUUCCAAUGGUUGAGAGACGCGGUCUUGAUGCACGAGAAUCAAUUGGGCCCACCACUGCUGGAUUUCGGGGGGAAAUCCCUUCAAGGUUACCACAACACUUGCUGGCGUGGGUCGCGUAUUGAAAGAAUCGCAAUAAAUCCUUCUCUCGCAAAGAUUGGCGUUUCGAUCGUCACGGUGCGGAUGGAACAGACCUAUAUAACCGGCCUAGAGUUCAUCAACCGCGAUGGAAAAGCCGUAAUGGCUGGGUAUAAGAACCCAGAAGCAGAGCUAAUAACAGAGGAAGAUGCAAACUCCAGAGCACCAUACACAUGGGCCGAUCCCAAAUGCUUGGAAAAGGGAGAACCCCUGUCUAUGCAAACGUCGUUCAACUAUCCAGGUGUUCACAUUCUGCUAGAUGCUGAAUCAUUUCAAGGGUUUGACUUUACGCGUUACUUUGACGGCAUUUAUAACAUAACCGUACUCAGAGAUACGGGCGAUUCAAUGCGUCUCGGGCUAGGUCGUGAUCACUUCCACCAAGAAUACGUCUUUCGAAUGGAUACUGUAAAGGAAGUGGUUGCUACAUGUGACGAGUACAAGCUGCUCCAUAUAGGAAUCAGAGGUCAUGGGAGUCGCCAAGUGUCGCAACAGGAUCGUGAGUACUGGACUGCCCUUUACAAAGAAGCUGUGCAAAAGGAAGAGGAAGAGGAAGAGGAAGAGGAAGAGGAAGAGGAGCAGGAGGAGGAAGAUGGAGAGGAUAAUGACCACGAUUCAGAUCCGGAUUGGCGAUAA